AACAAACUUAACAAAAAAUUAUGAACUUGACAGUGGUGAUGUCGUAGCUGACCAACUGUUACCACUGUUUCUGUGAUGUGGAAGCAGCAUUGACAACAUGGCACUCAGUGUUGGACUUUACUCUGGUGCUUCCUCUAUACAGCUCAGCUGCCUAUAUAUAUACAGAGCCAUGAGCUGAACACUCUAUUUCAACAGCUGAAGGCUCAUCCACACAGGUGAGACAUAGGUACAAGCACGUCACUUUUCAGGUUCUCAUAUGUAGAAUAACCACAAAAAGCUAAUUUUGCAUGUUUCUUUUCAGCUGCAGUCAUGAAGGUCCUCGUGGUGCUCGUCCUUGCUGUUUUUACUGGUAAGAAAGUUUUUUGCAAUGCCAACAUCGUGUGGCAAACCCAGCCCAAGCAGCAGGUCGACAUGGUGAAAGAUGCUUUCUGGGACUACGUUGCCAAGGCAACCGCAACCGCUGAGGACUCCCUGAAGCAGAUCAGACAGUCCAAGCUGGGAAAGGAAGUGAACACCCUCAUCUCUGAGAGCACCGACGCUGUCAACAAGCUCACCGAAGCUCUCCAUACUCAGGUGGCUCCUCUGACCCAGGACCUCAUGUCUAAGUUUACCCAGGAGGCCGAGCAGCUGAAGACCCGUCUGGAGAAGGAUCUGAAAGCUGUGGGAACCAGCCUGCAGCCGUACGCUGAGGAGCUGGUCGCUGACCUCCAAAGGCAGAUGGAUGUUCUGAAGAAGGACGCCACCCCUUACGCUGAGACCAUGGACCCUGAGGCCCUGAGGGGAGUCCUGCUGCAGAAGAGCGAGGAGCUGAGGGUCAAGCUGGACAAGAGCAUGACCGAGCUGCAGGCCCAGAUGGUCCCCUACACUGAGGAGAUAAAGGAGAAAAUAGAGCAGAGCAUGGAUGAGUUUCAGAGGAGCAUGAUCCCCCUGGCUGAGAGCUUCCAGACCCAGCUGACCCAGAAAACCCAGGAGCUCCAGCAGAACCUGGCUCCGUAUGGAGAGGAGCUGAGGUCCAAGUUGGACGCUGAUGCCCGGAUCCUGAAGAAGCAGCUGAAUGCUCUGUGGAAGUCCUUCGCUAAGAUGACCCAGUAAACGGAUUCAUACCUACCUCAGUUUUACCUCCAUUGAA